CAUAGAGAAAGAUACGAAGGAGACAUUGAACCGAUUCUCAUUGUUGAGUUUUUCAAGUAUUAUUUAAAAGAAACAAACGGAAUAAAAAUGUCCUAUGAAACAAAAAAUAUAUUUGCUACACUACCCAAGACACAAAGAGGACAACCUCUUGUAUUAGGAGGUGAUCCUAAAGGAAAAAAUUUCUUGUAUACUAAUGGUAAUAGUGUAAUCAUUAGAAACAUUGAUGACCCUGCUAUUGCAGAUAUUUAUACAGAACAUUCUUGUCCAGUCAAUGUUGCAAAAUAUUCCCCAAGUGGAUUUUAUAUAGCAUCAGGUGAUCAAUCAGGCAAAGUGCGUAUUUGGGAUACUGUUAAUAAAGAACACAUUUUAAAGAAUGAAUUUCAUCCUAUUGGAGGACCCAUCAAAGAUAUAGCUUGGUCACCUGAUAAUCAGCGUAUGGUAGUUGUUGGAGAAGGAAGAGAGAGAUUUGGUCAUGUAUUUAUGGCGGAAACUGGUACAUCUGUAGGUGAAAUCUCAGGUCAAAGUAAGCCUAUUAAUUCAUGUGACUUUAGACCUGCUAGACCAUUUAGAUUAAUUACUGGGAGUGAAGACAAUACUAUUGCUGUUUUUGAGGGACCUCCAUUUAAAUUUAAAAUGACCAAGCAGGAACAUACUCGAUUCGUCCAAGCUGUGCGUUAUUCACCUACUGGUAACUUAUUUGCAUCUGCAGGAUUUGAUGGAAAAGUAUUUAUUUAUGAUGGUACGAACUCCGAUUUAGUUGGGGAAGUAGGGUCACCAGCUCAUCAAGGCGGAGUAUAUGGAGUGGCUUGGAAGCCAGAUGGAACGCAAUUAUUAACUGCUUCCGGUGAUAAAACGUGUAAGCUUUGGGACGUGGAAACCCGCUCAUUGAUUACUGAAUUCAGUAUGGGAUUAACAGUCGAUGAUCAACAAGUCAGCUGCUUGUGGCAAGGAAAGCAUUUGCUAUCUGUAUCUCUAAGUGGUUUUAUUAAUUAUCUAGAUACCAAUAAUCCUACGAAACCAUUUAGAAUAAUAAAGGGUCAUAACAAACCAAUAACAGUAUUAACUUUGAGUCCCGAUAGAAGUACAAUUUAUACUGGAUCUCACGAUGGAUAUAUAACUAAUUGGAAUGCAGAAACAGGAGACAAUGACCGUGUUCAAGGGCAUGGUCAUGGAAAUCAAAUUAACGGAAUGAAAGCAGCAAAAAAUGUGCUUUAUACUGUUGGUAUUGAUGACACCUUAAGAUCAGUUGAUAUUGAUACAAAUACAUAUAUUGAUACAGCUGUAAUUAAACUGGAUUCUCAACCGCGGGAUCUAGACAUUUACAAGGAUAUAAUUGUAAUUGUAACUUUUCGAGAGAUAAUAGUUAUACGAGAUGAACGAAAAGAAUCAAAUGUUAUUCAUUAUGAACCAUCUUGUGUGUCAAUUAACCAGGAAAAUGGUGAUGUAGCUAUAGGAGCCAUAACAGAUAAUAUGAUUCGUAUACACAGAUUAUCUGAUACCACGAUUAGUUUAAAAAUAGAAUUAGAACAUUUAGGUCCAGUCACAGAUGCUGCUUACAGUCCUGACAGUAAAUACUUGGUAACUUGUGACACAAAUCGAAAAGUGGUUCUAUAUACUGUUCCAGACUACACGCUUGCCCACAAUAGGGAGUGGGGUUUCCAUAACGCAAGAGUGAACUCCGUAGCAUGGUGUCCUAAUUCUGCUAUGGUCGCAAGUGGUAGUCUUGACACGACGAUUAUCAUCUGGAGUGUAACGAAUCCAGCGAAACAUACUAUUAUUAAAAAUGCUCAUCCUCAAAGCCAAAUAACACGUUUAGUUUGGCUAGAUGAGGAAACGUUAAUCUCAGUCGGUCAGGACUGUAAUACCAAAAUAUGGCGUAUAGAAAAAAUUUAAUUAAUAUUCUGGAAGACGUC